CCUCCUCCGCGUUUUCCUCUUCUUCUUCUUCUUCUUUACCCUUUCCCCUUUUCCUGCUCAUAAUAGUCCGUGUACCGUCCGUCUACAGCAAAACCCAAUCCGUCAUCUGAACUAUCGCUGCCAUGGAUCCUUGGGACACUCCCGCCGCCAGCACCAUGCCCGUGUCAAAAUGGGACACCAACGACGCACAAGCCUCCUCCAGUGCCUCGCACGGGUCAGCCACAGCUUCAGACGCGGACCACGACCAGUGGGAACAGAUGAAGAGGCAGAUGGAGGCAGCCUCCAUCAGCAAUGACCGACCACAUUCAGGCAGGCCUUCUGUGACAUUGAAGGACGUAUGGCCCACGUUCAUGGAGGCUGAUCAGGCGCGCGAUCUCGACGAUGUCAAGGCGGCUCUCGCCGGUCUUUGCGAGGCUUCCAAAGGAGGGUCUUGGAAAGAUCUGGAACACAGACUGAGGGAUGAAAACUGCAAUACCUAUCUGGUGGCCACGGAGGACAAUGUAUCGUUUGGGUACACACUCGUCAAUCUCAAGAGCGAACCUAACCAACAGUACCGCGUCAUCCCCUCCUUCAUCAAACCCGGUACUGUCAAGCGAGGACGCAUGUCGAUCGGUAUGGCUGCAAGUUACGAAGAAAAUUUUGCCCGUCUUGAUAAUGCAGGCGUUGUCCGCCCAAGCGGCGUACCCAAUUGUCACAACUGUAAGCAGGACGGCCAUAUAGCGAGCGAGUGCAGGGAGGAAAAGAGAGAGUCUGAGAGAUCAGAAUACUUUGGCAAGUGUUACAAUUGUGGAUCGGAGGAUCAUCGAACCCGAAACUGCAACGAGCCCCGCAAAUGGGACAUGUGGCGCGCGACUGCCUGGAGCCCCGAACGGAUGUGGUUUGCAGAAAUUGCCAGCAAAUGGGACACAUGGCACGCGACUGCCGCGAGCCUCGCAUGGACAUCGUCUGCAUCCGCUGCAACCAGCCUGGACACAUGGUACGCGACUGCCUGGAGCCCCGGACAGAUGUUAUAUGUAUUCGGUGCGAUCAGCCAGGCCAUAUAGCACGCGAAUGUUUAGAGGCUCGCACGGACAUUACCUGUAACCGAUGCAGCCAGCCAGGUCAUAUGGCGCGCGACUGCCUGGAGCCUCGAACGGAUAUGGUUUGCAGAAAUUGCCAGCAAGUGGGACACGUGUCGCGCGACUGCCGCGAG